UGCAGGCGAACAUAGCGGUAUUAUACAUCAAGCUGCAGAUCCAAAUACCCAAGAUAUCUUUCAAGCGCCAUGCAUCGGUGGUGUUUCUGUUGCUUCUGGUGAUAUUUUUGGCGGUCAAGCCUCCAAUCAAGCACAUAUUUCCCCCACUGCGAGUCUCUACCAAGGUUCUGGAGAAUAUAUGGAUGCCUCCCUCGAGCACAACUCAAGUUCUUUACCUGGAACGCUUGUCAAACAUCAGCUCGUCAUGGCUAGCAAGACUCCAUCUCUCUCGACCAACUCUUACUGGCAGCAGGAAUCCCACAUGGAGCCAUACGUCAGGUCCAACAAAGGACCUGUAGUUAUAACGAGCGCGAUCAACUUCGAGGCAUUUUGUGAUGAGAAUGGAUAUAGGCGUUUGCUAGCGAUGUACCCAAGGGGGCAAUUACGAGGGCCUGAGCAGUGUACCGCAUUGUGCUAUUUUCAGUGGUCUAAUGCCCGGGGCUUCAUGGUUGAAAGCCUUGGGUAUACUGGCGGUCUCCAUUUGCGGCGUUAUAAGAUUCAAUACGAUAAUGGAAGUGGCAGAUUCGAAGAUCUUCUGACAAUUCUGGAGCAUCGACUGGGCUGGAACAUAACUACUUUUCAGAGCGUUACCCGGUUCUUUGAGGACUGCGAGCAGCUCACAGCCAACUAUAUAUGGGAUCCAGAACUUGAUCCAGUAUCUACAAAUUAUGUACAGUCCGGUAUUGUCAAAUUAGACAAAGGCAACCCAUACGACAUAUGGAAAGGAAUUGUUUAUCUUUUCCACGAUCCUGGUUUUUUCAUACAUGGAAAAAUCCCGAGAAAAAGCCCACUUGUGUCAGAAGAGGAACAGGUAGCCUCUCAAAUCAGCCAAAAUGUUAUCUUUCAGAAUUUGCGACAUAUUCAAAAGCACCUUGUCCUUCGUCCAGCCUGAUUUCACUCAUUUGUCCCUUUCACAUUUAUCUGCUACUAAUACGUAUAUCCGACAUUCCUGAUAUGCUUUGCUCCUGAUACGCUUUGCUCCUGAUACGCUUUGCUUCUGAUACGCUUUGCUCCUGAUACGUUUUGCUUCUGAUACACUUUGCUCCUGAUACGCUUUGCUCCUGAUACGCUUUGCUCCUGAUACGCUUUGCUUCUGAUACACUUUGCUCCUGAUACGCUUUGCU